CAGAGGAGACAAGGGAGGGAUUGGGAGCCUAGCGAGGGGGAAUGUCCAGGUACGAGCUUGUCGAAGCCGAGUGAUUCCAGCAGCCCAAGAUUGGGUUGGGGCUUCCAUGAGCAUGUUGAGGAUCGUGGGAUGGCGGGGCUAGGGGGCCGUCGUAGCAAAAAACUCGAUCCAGUCUUCCAGAUUUCAGCUCUGUCAUCCGCGUGCCCCCACAGGUUGGGAUGAGGAUGGUGUGUGUUGCCGCCGGGUAGGGGAAGAAGUGAGGGAGGACAAAAGGUGGACCUUGUGGAAUGCAAAGGUGGCAAUUUUGGGGUGCUGCAUGGGCGCCGUUUGUAAUUGUACAAGCCUGCGAGGGUUUUGUCCGCAAUUCGUCUGGAUGGUCAGGACUCAGGACUCAGGACCCCUUCUUCCAUCAAGGGGCUUAGGCAGGAUAUGUGAGCGCUGGGUUACGGAAGUGGGACUUGCCCCCCAUGUCUUGAUUUGGCCAUGCGCCCUUGUUUUUGCCGAAGCGACCUGGCUUAGCUCUCUAUGAAAUGGCUCGAUGCGGAGUCUGGAGGAAAGUCCUCUUUUCUCUUCUUCCCUUCCCCCCUCCUCACCCUCGCCCCCCAAAUCUACGCGGGUCUGCUAGCGGGCGUGAUAAGAUCCUCUCUCUCUCCCUCUGGCGGGCCCGUCCCUAGAUGCUCCCCGGUAUGUUGGCGGGGAGCGGCACCUGGUGGAAACCCGGUCCAUUGGAGAAAAGUCCUCCUACGGUAAACAAGAAGAUGAAUCCUACAGUGAAUAACACAGACAGGUGGUGUUCUUAAUUGUAUUGAGCCUCCCCACAUAGUUUCGAUCCAAAUACAGAUCUUGAUUCCAGUUGGCACCGCAAUAACCCCAUCGUUGCUGCAGUGAAAUAAGCUUGCAUGACUUUGCGUCAAUUCAUUCACUAGCUUCCUAAUGGCAUGGGACUUGGAUUUGAACCUCUAUGCGGCCUUGGGCCCGUUUAUGGUUGGAGCCCUUGGCAGAGAGAAUUCGAAGUCUGGAGGAGAUGGGACUAUGGGACCUUGGGCCCGGUUGCGGUUGCAGCCUGUGGCAGACGGAAGGCUGGCUGAUGUACUUUGGCAAAAUAGCAGCGCUGGAGGGGAAUUGAGAUAUAGAUAGACCGUUUUGUUAUUAUAGCCUUAUAGCACACACACUGUGGGAUGCGACGAGUGGGAACGUUCGCUUUUCUUUUUUCCCCUUUCCCCUUCAAACAUCAACCACGGGUGUUGGGGACGUGCUGAUAAGAGCAGACGCCCCUUCCACGUACCCCCUUUGCGGAUGGCUCCGUUCCAUUGGUGGGGAGCUGCACCUGCGGCCCCUUACAGUGUCAACAUGGAGCCCUAGUUACCCUUUUUUUUUUUUUUUUUUUUUUUUAGUUACCCUCGCGCUUCGCGGGAAGUUAUACUAUUGAUUGAAUAGAAGC